GUCCGGUCAUUCAUUGAUGACCACAAAAGGAAAGUUGUAACCGCUUCUUUCAACUUCCAAAUCAAACACACACGAUGUCUUCUUCUUUGGAUCCGGCGAAGAAGAAAGUGAAACUUGAGAUCACAACAACAAAAAACCCUAACUGGCUUGAACUUCCCAGAGACUUAACUGCCAACAUUCUCCAUAGGCUUGGUGCCUUAGAAAUUCUGACGAACGCUCGCAAUGUGUGUCCUUAUUGGUGGAACAUUUGCAAAGAUCCUUCCAUGUGGCGCAAUAUUGACAUGGGAGCUUUCUAUCUCUAUCUUCAAGCACACACUCAUUUUGGUCUUUUAUUCAAACUUUGUCAAUAUGCUGUUGACCUAAGUUGUGGUCAUCUUGAAAAAAUUGAUAUUUAUAGAUUCGGUACCGAUGAUCUUCUCAAAUACAUUGCUGAUAGGGCAAGCCGCUUAAAGUGCAUACGACUUGAAUCCUGUAUGAGAAUUUCAGAUGAAGGAUGGUGUGAAGUUGCAAAGAAGUUUCCAUUGUUAGAAGAGGUUGACAUUUCAAAUGCCUUCCAAUCUAAGAAAACUCUUGAGGUUAUUGGCCAAAGUUGCUCUUUUUUGAAAUCGCUAACAUAUUAUGGAAUGUCGUAUGGCUUUACACGGGAUGAUGAAGCAUUUGUUAUUGCAAACACAAUGCCUGGUCUACGCCAUCUUGAUAUUCGUGGAAACCAGUUAAGUAAUGUGGGGUUGAUUGCCAUUCUUGAUGGAUGUCCUCUGCUUGAAUCUCUUGACAUUGAAGGAUGUGAUAAUCUGGAUAUUACUGAAAGCUUGUGGCAAAGGUUGAAUAGUCAAAUCAAACAUUUACUAAUUUGGGAGGACUGCCCAGAUUCUUAUAAUAAUGUUCAGCUCGAGUUAGCAUAUGAAGAUUCAGAUGGUAAUUCGUAUUGGGAAUAUGUUGAAAAGUUUGAUGAUGAUGAUGAUGAUGAUGAUGAUGAUGAUGAUGAUGAUGAGGUGGAGGAGGAGGAGGAGGAAGAGGAGGAUGAUGAUGAUGAUGAUUCUGAUACUUAAUUAGGAAGUCAAAGCAAAGUCUUGUAGUGACUAGUGAGGAAGUUGUUAUUAUCCGUUUUUUGGCUUGUCUUAUUUUCUAGUAUAAAUAUGGAUGGUUAUUUUCCUCGAAGAGACUUGGAUGUUAAUGUUGUUUAAAAGGAAUUUUGUGGAAGCCAUUGGAGAACUUGGUCUUUUAUCUUUAUAUAAUGUAAAUGUACUUCAAUUUCCUAGGAAUCUUGUACGCUUGCUUUAUUUUGGUCAUUGGUUUAUUGGUAUGCUUUGAUCA